GAGUUGCAAGCCGAAUGCUCACCCACAGAGACAGAAUUCCUGAGCGAACAAACGGCGCGGCUCCUCUUCCUUCCAGCUCCAGAUACACCACGUGCUGCGGGAACUGCGUUCCUCAAAGUCCACACUGUGCAGAUACACCCGGUCAAGCGUCCUGAGAACGCUGCUUUUUUCUCGCUGAAGUUCAGAGUGUUCUACAGGCGAGCAUGGACUUCAGUGGAAAGCAAAUAAUGUCUAGGUUGAAUGUUGCCAGAGAGACCCUGCCCUUUCUUCUCCUUAUGCCUCAGUGAGACAGAAAUAAUUUUCUCUGUGGUUCCAUCUUAGGUUAUACAAUCAGAUACCCUUCCGCAGUCAAAAGAUGACCUCUACCUUCAACCCCCGAGAAUGUAAACUGUCCAAGAAAGAAGGGCAAAACUAUGGCUUCUUCCUGCGAAUUGAGAAGGACACCAAGGGCCACCUGGUCCGGGUGGUUGAGAAGGACAGCCCGGCAGAGAAGGCUGGCCUCCGGGACGGGGACAGAGUUCUUAGGGUCAAUGAUGUCUUCGUGGAUGAAGAAGAACAUGCGCAGGUUGUGGAUCUGGUCAGGAAGAGUGGGAAUUCGGUGACUUUGCUAGUUUUAGACGGAGAUUCCUACGAGAAAGCAGUGAACACAUUGGUAGACUUGAAGGAGUUGGGUCAGAGUCGAAGUGAGCACAGUUUGAGUGAUGACACACUCUGUCCUGUCAUGAAUGGGGGCGUGCAGACUCGGACCCAGCCCCGGCUCUGCUACCUGGUGAAGGAGGGUGGCAGCUACGGCUUCUCUCUGAAAACUGUCCAAGGUAAAAAGGGGGUGUACAUGACAGAUAUCACACCUCAAGGUGUGGCUAUGGAAGCUGGAGUUCUGGCCGAUGAUCACGUGAUUGAAGUGAACGGAGAGAAUGUAGAGGAUGCCAGCCACGAGGAAGUGGUUGAAAAGGUGAGGAAGUCAGGAAGCCGUGUCAUGUUCCUGCUGGUGGACAAGGAAACUGACAAGCAUCUCCGUGAGCGGAAGAUACAAUUCAAAAGAGAAACAGCCAGUUUGAAACUGUUACCCCACCAGCCCCGAAUCGUGGAGAUGAGGAAAGGAAGGGAUGGCUACGGUUUCUACCUGAGGGCAGGUCCGGAACAGAAGGGUCAAAUCAUCAAGGACAUAGACCCCGGAAGUCCAGCAGAAGAGGCCGGCUUGAAGAACAAUGACCUGGUAGUUGCUGUCAACGGCGAGUCUGUGGAAACCCUGGAUCAUGACAGUGUGGUGGAAAUGAUUAGAAAGGGUGGAGAUCAGACUUCACUGCUGGUGGUAGACAAAGAGACGGACAACAUGUACAGACUGGCUCAUUUUUCUCCAUUUCUCUACUAUCAAAGUCAAGAACUGCCCAAUGGCUCUGUCAAGGAGGCUCCAGCUCCUACUUCCGCUUCUCUGAAAGUCUCAAGUCCGUCAGAUACUACAGAGGAAGUAGGAGAUCAUAAGCCUAAACUCUGCAGGCUGGCUAAAGGUGAAAAUGGCUAUGGCUUUCACUUAAAUUCGAUUCGGGGUCUGCCAGGCUCAUUCAUCAAAGAGGUACAGAAGGGUGGCCCUGCUGACUUGGCUGGGCUGGAGGAUGAGGAUAUCAUCAUCGAAGUGAAUGGGGUGAAUGUGCUGGAGGAACCCUACGAGAAGGUGGUGGAUAGAAUCCAGAGCAGUGGGAAGAAUGUCACACUUUUAGUCUGUGGAAAGCAAGCCUAUGAUUAUUUCCAAGCUAAGAAAAUCCCUAUUGUUUCCUCCCUGGCUGAUCCACUUGACAGCCCUCCAGAUUCUAAAGAAGGAACAGUGGUGGAGUCGGAGUCUGACUCGCACAUGGCAAAAGAACUGGUGAGCCCACAGUACAGCCUCACAUUCUUCUUCCAAUUCUGAAGAUACAGAGAUGUGACGAGAACAAAUAAUAGCUUUGGCUGUUUAUCCGAGAGUUGUUUCUGGGAAUUUAAUAGGAAUCCUUUCUCAAGGAAUGAGUUGCCACCGGUUUACUGUCUCUUUAGAAGAAAACCUUCACUGGAAACCAUUCAUCACGUGUGACUGUCUUCUGUUAUUAUUUGUCUUACUGGCGGCUAUUGCUGUCGGCUAAUUUAUGGUUAACAUAGGAAGAGAUAAGGCAGGAGCUAGACUCUUUGCAUGUGAUCUCUUCCAAGCUUCAACUUAGCUAUAUUUCUCUGUAUGAUGUCUCUUACUUCUACAGGCUCCUUGAGCACCAAAGAUGAUUCAUAACUCUGUAUAGGUGACAGCUGCUUAUUAAAGCAUCUUGGCAGAUAAGCCUGUUAAAAUUGUGCUUUUGUAACAAUGUUGUGCUUGCUACAGUAAAUACCAUUAACAACUGCCUUUUGAGUACGCUUGAUAGUGUUUUUGUUUCGGAUUCACUUUCUAUGCUUUAACCUUCAUUUGUCUCUCGAAACCCAAAAUACAAUAGAGAAUAAGACCUUAGUAAUAAAAUUCAGAAUUUUCUUA